CGCCUUUUCCUUUUCUCCAGAUAGCCAUACAACACGACUAACUACCUUCCGGAUUUAAAUUCUCGUACAGAAUUCCAUGUAGCAGGGGAGUAUUUGAAUGGUGUGGAACAAAUCCUUCCUACGGCGCAGUUCGGGGCAAUGAUCCUAUUCGUUAAUGGCAUACAGCCAAAGCCAAUGAUGAAGCUGAAGUUAUACUACAUUGCCAUCCGAAAUUUAGUAUUCAGGGGGCUAGAGCUAUUAUACACCCACACUCACGAGAAAAUUUCCUGGAUACUGAUAAGCAUGCACUUCUAUAGUAUGUUAGGCAUGGAUUUUACCGACAGGAAGUUGAUCCAGCAUCUCCCUCUAUCCAAUAUAGAUCAAAUUUCAUUAUCUCCAGGCAGAAACCUUUGAUGUUACUUCACAACUUCAUCUUGAUACCCCCAGUAGCCCCUCACUGUUAAUCUCGAAUAAAGCUUUCCCCAUCCUCUCAUGCAGAAGUCCGAAUUUUUUCCUUCCCCCUCCCGAAUUUCCACAUUUCUUACGACAACACUUAUCACUUGAAGUCAAGAGGUCCCAAUCUUGUACUGAGCUGCAUAAUACACCAUGUCAUCGCUGCCAUCACAUCUCGGACCAGUCCCCCAAGAUGGAGACAUUGACCUUUCACCAUUGAUCUUCCGUUUGAACCUCAGUCUGCUCAUUAUUUCCACCCUCGUCCUCAUCUUUCGACUGAUUGCUCGAGCGCAAGGAGCUUGGAACUAUGGCUGGGAUGAUUGGACGAUGUUACUUGCUUGGAUAUUUUCAGCAAUAAAAUUCGGUAUCAGCAUAGCCGCAAUACACUAUGGCGAGGGAAGACAUAUUUACUACGUCCCGGUAGCUGAGGCCGAAAGAACUUUAUACUUUGUCUACAUCUCCGAAUUCAUCUCCCUUCUUGCUAUCUGCUUUGUCAAAGUCUCUGUGGCUCUAUUUUUGCUACGAAUUGGAAACCUUAGGCGAUGGCUUAGGCUAUCGCUGCUAGCAAACAGCGCUUUGCUUGUCGGAUCAACCUUUGCGUUCCUUAUAGUUCUCCUUGUACAGUGUCGACCCAUCAUCGCGAACUGGAAUCUACUUGCCAAGGCACAUGCAAAAUGCAUCAGUCCGGACACGUUGAUAGAUGUCUCGUAUCUCACAACCGCAAUUUCGAUACUGACAGACCUUGUCUGUGCCGCACUUCCAUUUCCAAUUUUAUGGGAUCUGAAGAUCAGCCAAAGAACGAAACACUCAGUACGCCUUGUAAUGUGCCUAGGUUUCAUUGCAGCAAUUUGCGGAAUCGUCCGCAUCACUCACGUCAAAGACUUAGCUGGAACAAAUGAUCCUACAUAUUCGAGUGUACAACUUGGACUUUGGACCGCCGCGGAACUAUAUACGGGCAUCAUUGUCGGAUCAUUACCACCAUGCAGGAAACUGUUUAUAGUAUUUUGGGCAAAGGCUACGAAGACGCCGCCGCCUGAUGAGAAUACAAUUGGUAUCCAAGGCUCAGGAUCCGGCCGCAGUAUCAUACUGCAGAACCUUACACGCGUUGGGCGUGCUUUUACCAGAAGCAAAACAAGUCCUACCAACAGCACCAAAGACCAAGCAUCACUCGGAGUCGGGUGGCAGACCCUUGAUAAUAGGCCAGAGAUCAACGGCUACACUGCUAGCGAUCGGAGUAUUCGGCCUCUGGUAGAAUUUCAAAACGUGGGAAAUGUAGAAGAUGGUGUGAUCUGGAAGACGGUAGGUGUUACAAUAACAGAGGGCGCCGCGAAAUCUAAAGAUGAGGCUGAUAGAAGAGUAAAAGCGGCAACAAGUGACCGGUAAUAAGGAUCCAGGGAUAGUAUCUCAUUGGACAUAUUCUAAGAUAAAAUUAUGGCUCUUUCCAAUGCU